GCGCCUAAAUCCAGCUGCAAAAGGAAGCGCCCCCAACAGUUGCACGAGUCUCUUUGAAGCCUCUCAAUAAUAGUAGUAGUAGUAGUAGUAGUAAUAAUAAUAAUAAUAAUAAUAAUAAUAAUAAUAAUAAUAAUAAUAAUAAUAAUAAUAGAUUAUUUAUACCCUGCCCAUGUGGCUGGGCUUCCCCAACCACUCUGGGCGGCUUCCAGAAGGAUAUUAAAAUACAAUAAACUAUUAAACAUUAAAAGCCUCCCUAAACAGGGCUGCCUUCAGAUGUCUUCUAAAUUUCUGGUAGUUGUUUUUCUCUUUGACAUCUGAUGGGAGGGCAUUCCACAGGGCAGGCGCCACUACCGAGAAGGCCCUCAACGCUGGACCUCAGUGUCUGGGCAGAAUGAUGGGGGUGGAGACGCUCCUUCAGGUAUACUGGACCGAGGCCAUUUAGGGCUUUAAAGGUCAGCACCAACACUUUGAAUUGUGCUCGGAAACAUACUGGGAGCCAAUGUAGGUCUUUCAAGACCGGUGUUAUGUGGUCUCAGCGGCCACUCCCAGUCACCAGUCUAGCUGCCGCAUUCUGAAUUAGUUGUAGAUUCCGCGUCACCUUCAAAGGGAAAGGCCCUUGGGUGGUGGUGGGUUUGGAAAAAAGGGUUUUCCCUCUGUCACCCCACCCCACCACCACUCAUAAUCAGUAUUUAUAAAAUGUACCCGGGGAGGCCCGGCCAGAUUGGGGGGGGUAUAUCAUCAUCAUCAUCAUCAUUAAAUGUUGAUGCUCACAACCCCAGAUACAUGUUGUGAAUACCCUCAAAUUAGAUACCUACUCCCUCCCCACUCCACCUGUGCUUUUGUAUAUAUAUAUAUAUAUAUUUUAAAAAGCUUCUUAUGUUCCUUUGCACGUGGGAAAGUUUUCAAUGUUUGCCUCUAGGCUUGAGGGAAUGGGAGGGCUUUGUAGAAACAGGAGUGGAUAAAAUACGACAUCAAUAUGUUUGGAUUGAUUGAGGGUGUGUGUGUGUGUGUGUGAGAGAGAGAGAGAGAGAGAAAAAAAAAUAGUCCCUGGCAGGACAAUCUAUUUACAGUGGUUUGGUACCUCAGGUUACAGACGCUUCAGGUUACAGACUCCGGUAACCCAGAAAUAGAACCUCAGGUUAAGAACUUUGCUUCAGGAUAAGAACAGAAAUCGUGCUUGUGUGGCGUGGUGGCAGCAGGAGGCCCCAUUAGCUAACAGAACAGUUUCAGGUUAAGAAAGGACCUCCGGAACGAAUUAGGUUCUUAACCAGAAGUACCACUGUAAAUAAAAAUGUAACUGUUCGUUUGUUCAAAAUCUUUAAUCUCCGAAAGUUCUUCACCGAUUGCUUUGAAAUUUUGACACGUUUCAUUCGAAUGCACGCGUUUUUAUAUUCCUACUCGAAUACACACGUGUUUUUAUAUACCAACUAUUAUAUAGAUGUCACACCUGUGACAUUUAAAAACAUGUUUUUUUAAAAAAACAGCGCCAUCGGUUGGAAGUAAAAGCAACACACGCUAUACUAAAUAUUUAACGUUUCCUAUUCAAUGUUCUGAUUUACGAUGUGUCGUUUAGCAUACUGUUCAUUUCGUGAGUAUAUUAUUAUUUUUCUUCUUCUUUCAUUGUUUUUCAUUCCUUUUUAAACUGUUUUUCUUAUUUUUCAUUGCAGUUGGCAGUGAAAUUGAGCUAUGUUGAUUGAUCUGCAUUUGAAUUGAAAUAUUUCAUUAGUAUUUUCUAUUUUUUCCCUUUGUUUUUUUAGUUCAUGUUUUUUCCUUUUUUAAUGCUUUGCAGUUUUAUAUGUUUUUGUUAUAACUUUCUUUUUUCUUUUUCAGUGCAAUCGAUCUGCUUUGCUUUAGUUCAUCAAAAUAAUGUCUCGCAGAAGAUCAAACUUAGGUCAUCAUACUCGUAAUGCGGAAACAAAGCGACGAGUAAUUGCAAAUCAAACGGAGGAAGAACGGGCAAAAGCAAAUGAGCGAAAAAGACGAAGAGUGGCUCAAAAACGUGCCGAGGAAACAGUAGAGCGACGUUCAGCCAGACUUGAGAAUGCAAGGUUAAGAGCACGACGAGAGCGUUCUGCCGCUUCAAAUCGCGACAGGCUGAGAGUGGCUGAAAGACGUCAACGAGAAACAGCAGAUCACCGACAAACACAACUCCGUGGUCAGCAAUGGCGUCGAUCAAGGAAUUACAGGAGGACCUUCCCUGAAAACCUCCUGAGCACUGAGGGGAGGAAGGGAGGCCAAGAGAAUGGGAUCAGCCUCCAUCGGAUCAUUCCCCUUCCAGAAGACCGGAAAAUGCCACCGGAAGCGGAGAAAGUGUAUAAGUGCUCCUUUUGUGGGAAGUCUUUCGGCGAUAGUUUGGACUUGGUUGCCCACGAGAGGGCCCACAUUGGCGAGAGGAUCUACAAGUGUCCGGAUUGCGAGAAACGGUUCUCUCAUCGCAUCGACCUCCUGACGCACAAGAAGACCCACCAGGGAGAGCAGCACCAGGGAAGUCCUGCAACGUCAUGCAGUAGCGACAGAGCAAUGGCAUCAGAGGCCCAAUCUGGAUCAUCCCUUCCUGGAGCUGGAGUGGAAACUUCUGCCAUGGACCCAUCUCAGCGGCUGGUGUCCUUUGAGGAGGUGGCCGUGUAUUUCAGCAAGGGGGAGUGGGAUCUCCUGGGCCCCUGCCAGAGAGCUCUCUACAAGGAAGUGAUGCUGGAAAAUUAUGCAAAUGUAAAGUUUCUGGGAAACAGCAACAGAGCACUCAAGUCUGAGGAGACCUUUUGGCAAGGAACACCUAAGCAAAUGAGCCACAGUAGGACAUCCCUGGAAAGUGCCAUGGGGGAAUGUUAUUGGGGUCCCAAAGUAGAUGAGACUCCCAAGACUCGGCAGCAUGUUGACAGCUUCCAAGAGAACAAGCCUAACCUAGCUCUGCUUUGUGGGGAAGGUGCUAAAAAUGUACCCAGGAGGACCUUCCCUGAGAACCUCCUGAGCACUGAGGGGAGAAAAGGAGGCCAAGAGAAUGGGAUCAGCCUCCAUUGGAACGCUCCCCUUCCAGAAGACCGGAAAAUGCCACCGGAAAUGGAGAAAGUGUAUAAGUGCUCCUAUUGUGGGAAGUCUUUCGGCGAUAGUUUGGACUUGGUUGCCCACGAGAGGGUCCACAUUGGCGAGAGGAUCUACAAGUGUCAGGAUUGCAAGAAACCUUUCUCUCAUUGGAUCGACCUCCUGACGCACAAGAACCACCACCAGGGAGAGCAGCACCAGGGAAGUCCUGCAACGUCAUGCAGUAGCGACAGAGCAAUGGCAUCAGAGGCCCAAUGUGGAUCAUCCCUUCCCGGAGCUGGAGUGGAAACUUCUGCCAUGGACCCAUCUCAGCGGCUGGUGUCCUUUGAGGAGGUGGCUGUGUAUUUCAGCAAGCGGGAGUGGGAUCUCCUGGGCCCCUGCCAGAGAGCUCUCUACAAGGAAGUGAUGCUGGAAAACUAUGCAAAUGUAAUGUUUCUGGGAAACAGCAACGGAGCACUCAAGUCUGUGGAGAUCUUUUGGCAAGGAACACCUAAGCAAAUGAGCCACAGUAGGACACCCCUGGAAAGUGCCAUGGGGGAAUGUUUUUGGGGUCCCAAAGUGGAGGAGAAUCCCGAGACUCGGCAGCAUGUUGACAGCUUCCAAGAGAGCAAGCCUAACCUAACUCUGCUUUGUGGGGAAGGUGCUAAAUAUGUCCCCAGGAGGACCUUCCCUGAGAACCUCCUGAGCACUGAGGGGAGGAAGGGAGGCCAAGAGAAUGGGAUCAGCCUCCAUCGGAUCAUUCCCCUUCCAGAAGACCGGAAAAUGCCACCGGAAGCGGAGAAAGUGUAUAAGUGCUCCUUUUGUGGGAAGUCUUUUGGCGAUAGUUUGGACUUGGUUGCCCACAAGAGGGCCCACAUUGGCGAGAGGAUCUACAAGUGUCCGGAUUGCGAGAAACGGUUCUCUCAUCGCAUCGACCUCCUGACGCACAAGAAGAACCACCAGGGAGAGCAGCACCAGGGAAGUCCUGCAACGUCAUGCAGUAGCGACAGAGCAAUGGCAUCAGAGGCCCAAUGUGGAUCAUCCCUUCCUGGAGCUGGAGUGGAAACUUCUGCCAUGGACCCAUCUCAGCGGCUGGUGUCCUUUGAGGAGGUGGCCGUGUAUUUCAGCAAGGGGGAGUGGGAUCUCCUGGGCCCCUGCCAGAGAGCUCUCUACAAGGAAGUGAUGCUGGAAAAUUAUGCAAAUGUAAUGUUUCUGGGAAACAGCAACGGAGCGCUCAAGUCGGAUGAGACCUUUUGGCAAGGAACACCUAAGCAAAUGAGCCACAGUAGGACACCCCUGGAAAUCGCCAUGGGGGAAUGUUUUUGGGGUCCCAAAGUGGAGGAGAAUCCCGAGACUCCUGACGCAGAAGAAGAACCAUCAGGGAGAGAAGCUGCACCGGUGCGAUUCGGACUGCGUGAAGUGCUUCCAGCAGCGAGCUUUCCUGAAGGCGCCCCAGAGAGCCCACUCCGGGGAGAAAGCCUGGAUAUUGCCGUGGGGGAAUGUUUUUGGGGUCCCAAAGUAGAUGAGACUCCCGAGACUCGGCAGCAUGUUGACAGCUUCCAAGAGAACAAGCCUAACCUAGCUCUGCUUUGUGGGGAAGGUGCUAAAAAUGUACCCAGGAGGACCUUCCCUGAGAACCUCCUGAGCACUGAGGGGAGAAAAGGAGGCCAAGAGAAUGGGAUCAGCCUCCAUUGGAACGCUCCCCUUCCAGAAGACCGGAAAAUGCCACCGGAAGCGGAGAAAGUGUAUGAGUGCUCCUUUUGUGGGAAGUCUUUCGGCGAUAGUUUGGACUUGGUUGCCCACGAGAGGGUCCACAUUGGCGAGAGGAUCUACAAGUGUCAGGAUUGCAAGAAACCUUUCUCUCAUUGGAUCGACCUCCUGACGCACAAGAAGAACCAUCAGGGAGAGAAGCCUCACCGGUGCGAUUCGGACUGCGUGAAGUGCUUCCAGCAGCGAGCUUUCCUGAAGGUGCACCAGAGAGCCCACUCCGGGGAGAAAGCCUGCCGGUGCUCUGUGUGCGGGGAGAGCUUCAGCUGGAAGUCCAACCUCAUCAAGCACUGGAGGACCCAUCACUGCACCGAGUGCGGGAAAAGCACACUUCAGUGUAGGUUCUCCUGGUGUAAGAGUUGGCAGAAGAGGUGACCCAACUUUGGUUUACCCUCAGCCAGUGCCUACCUCACCUGCCCUCAACUUGCCACCAAUCUGGGGAGUGGCCAGCUGGUUGGCUUCCUCCAUAGUCUUAGGAUGUCCCUUGUAGAGCUCAGCAGGAAGGAAGGAAGGAAGGCGGGGGGGGGGGGAAUUAGCAUCAGUUGGAUCUGCCUGUCAUUGACUGUUGAGCUCCCUGCCUUCUGCCUCUUUAAUGCCAGUGGAAACAAGCCAUCACUGAUAAAGAGAGAGAGAAAACACUGAGGUGUUUCACAACUGUGGCAAGCAUCUUCCAGAUUCCACAUGGGUUGACGAAUUGCUGAACAUCAUGGAUGGGAGAGCUUUCUGGGCAGUGUUUUUUAAAACCACAUACGCAGCACAGGAGCAGUGAUUAGUGGUCCCGAGUGCAUAGCCUGCCUUAUGCUCGUAGCUGGGUGUGGUGAGAGACUGGCCUGCACCUUUUCAAACUGAAGGUGCAAGACCUGCCAUUUUUAUUUUCCCAGAUUCAUUUUUAAUUUUUUAAAAUGAGAAUCCUCUGGGCAAGUAAAAAUCUAGCACAUCAGGAAGAAUGGUUCUAGCCCAGCUUGCUCCCUGAUGCACUAGGUUUUUAUGUGCAGGGCCUUUUUAACAUGGAGGAACAUUUUGAAAACUGGUUUUUCCUUGCCACAGUCGGCAGUGGUACAAUGCACUCUAUGCUGCCUCUAGACUCUGCCACCAUUCAUGGUUGUAUACAAGCAACUCCCUGUUUGUGUGGGAGUUGCGUUCCUUGUCCCCAUGUGCAUCAGUGGGGUGUGUGUAAGUCUGCUCCGCCCCCAUUCCAUUCCCUUUUCAGUGCUGGAAACUGCAUGCAUGUCAGUGGUCACACAUGUGCCGAACACACGUGUCAGGUGACCACCAGGAGCCAGCAGAUAGCCCAGCAGAGUGGUGCAGGGGCUCUGAGAUGUUGAGGGGUCCGAGCAGCACCAGGGAAGUCCUGCAACGUCAUGCAGUAGAGACAGGCAAGCACUCAGUAUGGUGGAGGAAGGGGUCUCGGACGCUAGAGAGCAGGAGCAGCGACUCAGUAGCUCAGGAGGGGAGGGGAAAGUGGUAGCCCCGUCUCCGCAACAGCACAGGGUCAGAAACGUAAGGAAGAGAGGAGGAGAUUAGGAGUUCCCAAGCUGCUUUGAAGGACGCCACUCCCAGGAUCUGAAAGUGACUGAUUGGACAUGAGAACUUUAGCUCUUUUGUGUUCCUAGUUUUUAGAGGAGGAAAAUGGCUGGAAAAUGGGGGGGAAAAUUUCCCCUGGUUUUCCUCCUCUAAAAGGCUGGGAGGGGGGUGCUGGAGGGGGAGCUAAGGAGGCAGUCGGGGUUGGCGGGGAAGAACGAGCAGCAUUGACUUCCUGCCUGUGGAGCUCUUUUCAGGGAGGCUCACCUGGCAUCUUUGGGGUAAUAAGCAAAAGCUUUCUUGUUCUUCCACACUGUUAAAGUUCUGAGUUUUAAACUAUUUCUUUGUCAGUUUUCUAUUGUGGUUUCAUUUUGUUAUAUUGAUUUCAGAGUUACAGAGUGGUAUAUAAAUGUAUUUAAGCGAACAAUUCCCUUCUGUUCACUUUUUAUAGCUGUAUUGCUGCACUUGCGGUACAUUGUUUCUGUACUGAGUGUUAAUAAACUCACGUAACUGAUUUAGUUUACAUGAACUACAGAGCAAUGCAAAAAGUGUUGUCUUCAAAAACAAACAAACUGUUUAAAUUAUCAUGCACAAUGCUUCUAAACAGAUGAUAGCCCAUUACAAAAAGUGAGCAACUUGAUUACCUACCACAAUGUGAUUGUUUUAAUAGAUACAAAAAAAUACCGUAAUACCAAGAGCAUUUUGGGCAUUUUACUCUUGAGUUUUUACAGAUUUGUACGAUGUUCCCCCCUGUUCUAUAGCUGCCAAAGCAUUCCAUCGUCAGACCUACAUUAAUACUACUACAAUACUACUACUAAUAUUAACAAUCGCCAGCAUAGGUGGCGUACGCAUGCUUCCUCACUUCCUUUCCUUUGGACAACAAAAGAAAUCAGAUUCGAUCGAUUCCUUCUCCCUCUCUGUUAAUGGCACAAUGGCAAAAUUUCCAAAUCCUGCGCUGGGUUAGCAAGGCUGCUUCCCCCAGCCAUCGCCGCCCCCCCCUUCAAGCUGGCUCGGCCGAGCACAGUCGUCUUUGGCUCCGGGGCGAGAACGCAGCGAAGGAAGUUCCAUCUCUGCUCACGCACACUGGUGCAGUGGUGCAUGUGCGUGCCUUGGUGUGCACGCACCCUGCCUCCCUCCUGAGCAAAAGGACUAGCCUCUGAAGCCACUUCUGCGCCUGGUGAAGGCGUGGGAGGGCGGCAGCAGCAGAGGCCCUUCUCUCUCUC